AUCUUCUGUCAUAGGAAUCAGCACCUUUCCCCUUCCCUCAGACUGGGCUAGGAUUCAGGAAAUAUAAUUCACACAUCUUAUAUAGAACCACCUAAAAUACGCUUUUCUUGUCCAGGAUGGUUUCUUGGCUCCCUCCAUAGUCCUUGGAAGGAGGCUGAUACUACAGAAAGUGACUUUUCGUGUCCUAUUACAAACAUGCAAAAUAGGCUGGAUGAGUUACCUAUGGAUAUAUCUUUCCAUCUUGGCUGUGAAAAUGCUCUUCUGUAGAAGGCAAACCUCAUGUUAGAUGGCUAAAGGAGGUGAUAUGAAUUCAGUCCAUGAUGUAUGAAAGAAGGAACUUCCUCAGAAGAAAGUAAAACAUGGCAUGCCAGUCACUAGUAAAGCACACAAACACUGAAUCCUGUACUAACAUAUACAUGCUUAAAUUAAGCAGUCCUUGCUGCAUUUAAAAGUUGCUUGCACCUAGAAUUUGUUUUAAAGACACUAAUUAAAUUCUGUUUCCAUCAGGUGAAUAUUAUUAGGAAUAAUAUAUCAUUAGAGCAUUUAAUCAGGGCAUGCUGCCUAUGUAAAUGACAGCAGGAACGAUAUCAAGAUGGUGGUUUUAAAAAUUAUUCCAGUCACAGGUUGUUGGUUGUCUUUAUUUUUCAUAUUUUUAUUAAAAGCUGUGGGUUUCUAAAACUGUGUUAGUAAGCAAGUGCAAACAUUAAUAUUAAUCGUAUUUUUCAUGCAGAUAAAAUUAGGCCUACUUUAAAUGCUGUUAGUGUCAGUUUCUGUUUUUGUGAUGCUGCUUGUAUUUAUAAAAAUCCUUGGCCUCAAUCAAAAGGUUCAGUACUAGACAUUGAUUGUGUAAACUCUGUGUGUAUGCUAUAAUCUGAAAUCUAGAGUCUAAAAAUGAAUGGGUUGGUAUCUGCUAUAAGAAAAACCUUUCACUGGAACUGGUAAUUUCAGAUCUUCUUUUACUGCUAUAAGUCAGGAGAUCUGUAGCACCUCAGGCUGUAAGAUGAUCUCACGCCUGCAACGGUAGGUCUUUUGAGUGGGCAGGCCAGACUAAUUGAGGGUAAUCUAAAUUAGCUGUGUUGGAAAAGAAUGAGUGGGAGCAAACGUUGAAAGUCAACUUUUCAUUAAAGUAGUAAUCUAAAAGUGGGCAAAAAUUCACAUUCUAUUUUUUUAGUAACUGCACUAUUAAAUAACUAAAAAACUGAAGUGGAAAUUUUUUAAGGAAACAAACUGCAAUAAAUUUGUGUGAAGUUUUAGUAACAGAACUUCAGUACUUACGUAUUUGAUUAUAUAACAAAAUAUUUAUAUAGGUUUGUUUUCCUAACUUGAAUUUGAAAUGUGUUUGAAAUUCCUGAAUGGAUUUGAAAAUUGCCAAUGAACAUGGGGAAAGAAAAGCAUGUCUGCAAUGCAGACAGUAGUUAUCACUCUUUAUGCUGUCAGGGUUUUACUGAAUACCAGCAUGUAGAUAUUUAACGUUUUAAGAAAAAAGGGAUGGGGUGAAGCAAAUGUAAUGCAGUUAUCAUAGACUUAUGUUAGGCUCCUUGCUGUGCAUCUAGGAAUGACUCAGAUCAUUGAACUUUCUCCAGAAUAGUGGGUUGCUCUAUAGAGCGCCAGCUUUGUUCAAGGAUGGAAUUAAUGACUGGGUUGGACAACUUAAUUGAAUUGCAGCUAGCAGCAGAUUCUGACUAAGACAGGUAUUUUGCUUUUGAUUAUUUGCUCAAGAAUAAUAUUUUCUGAAAUCAUGCACUUAAUUUAUUUGGCAAAAAAUAAAUCAUUAUAUUAAUCAGCCAGCAGUCUGUUCUGAGAGUAAUUAUUCUUCUGCCUUCUCAAACAAGUCAACACACUAGUCUAGAUAGGAAAUUCAUAAAAGAACAGUUCUUCCUAAAUGUGCUUUUACACAAGACAGUCAGUCCUUUCUCUUUCUUAUGGAUGGCCAAGUUUCCGUAUUAAAAUAACUGCCAGCACUCCAGACAUCACUAGGCAGGUGAUAACUGCCUUUUCCAGGGGCUGAGUCACUUGUACAUUGGUACUCUUGAGAAUGACUGCUGCUUGUGAGAUCAAAGUAUCCCCAGAGAGACCUCGAUGUUCUUGUGCCCUUUGAUAUGUAGAGUUCAGUGCCCUUCAGAUUUCAGUUUUUCUGGCAUCCUGGUAGAUUAACUUUAGCAGUUAAAAGGAAAAUGUCCUCUGAGGGCAUCACCAGUAACAAAACCAUAUUUAUGACAUUAUUCACUAAAAGGGAGACAGAAAUGGGAAAGACCUCUCUCUUUAAUCAAUAAUGCAUGCUCUAGUUAGUCCUGUCCUCUGGACAUGAUUAAACAUGUAUUUUGUUUCAUAACUGAUGAUUUUGGUUGACUAGGGAUUAUAACUAUAUAUCCUCAAGCCUUUGCAACUAGCGUCAUGAAGAUCUAACAAGAACUGGGUAGUCAGGAGUGCCCCCACUCCCCAGUGAGAAACCUCCCCCCAAAUCCCAAUGGUGAGAGCUGCAGCUAAUUCUAACCUUCAGUGAGUCAGGCCAAGCUGGCACAGGGCAGAUGCGUUUGACAUGAAGCAACUGCAGACAGCAGAGUCAAUGUGUGUCUGUCAUAACUCAUUUCAGAUUCUGAGGAAGAGCAUUGUUCUGUUCAUGUUAAAGAUGAAUGUAUCUUAAAGGCUGAGCCAUGUAAAUUGUUAGAUUAAGGUCUGUUCUUAACUGAUGAAAUAUUUGGCCAAUGAAGCUGAUGGGAAAAUCUCUUUGGCUUCUCGCUGCUGGUUGAGGGCCACCCUGUAUCUUCAGCAGCUGUUGUUAGCCUUGGGAGAGUUGUCCUGGGCUGUUCCAGACCUCUACAGUACAGCUGGCAAAACAACCUGAGAUCCAUUGAAGCUGAAGGAACAGAAGAUUGUCCCCAUCACUGCAUUCCUCAUACAGACGGACAGAUGAGGUGUCCAAACACAGACAGCUUCCUCGGCAUGCGCGGGCUACAGUGUGUCUUGGACGACACAGAUGAAUAAACUGAAUGUACCAGGAAUACUCAGCCUUGGUGCUGAGUAUGUUCAUGGUGGCUCAAGCUGGCAAAAUCUGACAGCUGAUGUCAAGCAGAGAAUCCUAAAUGAGCAUACAGUGGUUGUUAAUUAAAUAGGAAACAUUUCUCUAAUCGUGAUACUGACUAUAGCGCAAUAAGUGAUGACGAUUUCCUUUGAUGAUGAGUGUGAUAUGUUUACAUUGCUAGAGUACUGAUACAAGCAUAGUUAGGUAAAAUAAAUGUUUUUCACGUUGAGCACUCUACUGGAAGUAGCAUUUGAAAACGUUUCAAAACAUUUCAUUCAGCAAACACACAGAGCUUGUAGGUACAUGUGUGUGAGAGAGGAGGGAAUUCAGAAAUUGUGUAAGAAAGGUUUGCUCUUUCUGAAAUGUUCUUUCCUUUCUUCUUCUUUCCCAGACUCUUUUAGAAGCUGAUUUUUUUUUUCCCUUUUUGUUGAAGAAAAAUGCCUUCCUUGAGCGGGAAAGUACAGACUGUCUUGGGCCCUGUGGAGCCAGACCACCUUGGCUAUACAUUGACUCAUGAACACUUGGCCAUGAACUACAGCAGCAGUUUUUUGCCACCUUCUCCAGGCCAAGAGCCUCUGUCUGAUGGGCCCAUUGAGAUGAAGAACUUGUUUUGGAUUAAGCAAAAUCCCUACAGCCAUAAGGAAAACCUUCUUCUGUAUCAGGAAACAGAUGCUGUGAAGGAGGAGCUGUUGCAUUUUAAAGCAGCAGGUGGUGGGACGAUUGUGGAAAACACGACUACAGGAAUUGGUCGAGAUAUGAAUACUUUGAAGAAACUUGCUGAAGAAACUGGAGUCCAUAUUAUUGCUGGUGCUGGGUUUUAUGUGGGUUUUACUCAUUCUUCUCAAACACAGGCCAUGACAGUGGAGCAGCUUACAGGCAUUAUUGUUGAUGAGAUACUCAAUGGAGCGGAUGGGACUGACAUCAAGUGUGGUGUAGUGGGAGAAAUAGGUUGCUCCUGGCCUUUGACUCAGAGUGAACACAGAGUGCUUCAGGCAACAGCGCAGGCUCAGUCACAGCUUGGGUGCCCCAUUAUCAUCCAUCCUGGCAGGCACAGCAAUUCACCUUUCCAGCUUAUCCGCAUUCUGCAGGAAGCUGGGGCUGAUGCUUCAAAGACAGUCAUGUCUCACCUCGACAGGACCAUAUUUGAUAAAAAGAAACUUCUGGAAUUUGCUGACCUUGGGUGCUAUUUAGAGUAUGACCUAUUUGGUACAGAAUUUCUUCAUUACCACUUCCACCCUGAGAUUGACAUGCCGAGCGACAAUGACAGAAUUACAAGGAUUCGUAUGCUGGUCGAUGAAGGCUAUGAAGACAGAAUUCUGAUUGCUCAUGAUGUGCAUACUAAGAAUAGGUUGAUGAAAUAUGGAGGCCAUGGAUAUUCACAUAUCCUUAAAAAUAUAAUUCCUAAAAUGCUAAUUAGAGGCAUAUCCCAAGACAAAAUUGAUAAAAUACUCCUAGCAAAUCCAAAGCGGUGGCUGACUUUUAAGUAAGAAUAAUGAAUAAACAUUCCUAUUUUAUAAGGAACCUUGAUAAAAUUCACGUUUGUUUCAGGAGAGCAGUCAUUUUAAAACAUGGUUCUUUUCAGAGAAGCUGGAAGUUACUAGUUAGAUGUGAACAAACUGAUUAUGAUUUUUCUCUUUAAUGAGAAAAACUAAUAUAUAUCCUCUCUGCAUUUUCUCCUUCUUAGAAGUCUGUCCAUGAAUAAUUUACUGGAUAUGAGCCUACCUGCAAAAUCUUUUCUACUGAAAUUUUAAAAUGAUUGUUUCUACAGGGUAAUCUAAUACUACUAUUAAAUGUUACCCAAAGUAUUAUUGAAGAUGCAUCAUCUGGACUUUGAAGGAAAUUAGAGUUUUCAAUUAAAUUCUCCUUCUCCAGGGGGGCGAUUUUAAUCCUUGUAAUAUUGACAAUGUUCUAAUUAUCCUUACAUUCUUUAAAUAAUGCUUGCUAAAAGAUCUGUGACUUCUGUGUAGCUUCCACAGACAACAGAAGGCAAAAAGAAUCUCAAGUAAUUCUAAAAUGAUAUUGUUUCUUUCUAGUUUAUCAACUUAUUUUUAACUGAGAGUGCAAAAAUCACGUGGAAAAUAUAUUUUUGAAUAAAGCAAUUUGAUGACUUCUUAA